AUGAUGCGAAAGGGGUCCAUUAAUGCCCUCUUUACUGACAAGGAGCUUGAAAGAACCAACCAGAUUUUUCAAGACAUCACUUUUCCGAAUCUCCAGUAUCUGGAGAUGUAUCUGGAUGCAAACCUCCCCACCAUACGUUUGUCUAUGCUUAAUGCUCAUGCAGUCCCCAAGUUGCGUCUUAGUUGGGUUGAUAAGUCAGGCUCACUCGAUCGUCCCCAGGUUCCCGAGAAAGACUAUGAAUUCGAUUGGCUGGACGAUCUGGUGACGUUGGAAAAGCUGACCAACUUCGAAAUGAAUCAGGAGCGAUUGCCGUAUGUGGAGAAGAUCAGUUAUUUUGAUGAGGAACUUAGGGGCGAGUGGCUGCCGAAGGCUAGGCAGCGCCUGCAUUGGGUCUGCUUCGAAUUCAAGACUUCACUCGAGAUGAACGGAGAUUAUCUAGAAGACUGA